UGGGUAGUGCAGCUGUCGGAGCAUGGAAAGGGAAGUUGCAUGAGAGGGGACCCACAGAUGUGUGAGAUUGGAAGAGCAAGAUCUCUUUUCGAGUCGCUGUGAAGAUUGGAUUGGAUCAAAUGUUUUGUUGGCCCUGUCCGAUAUUCUUUGCCUCACUUGUAACCCCACCUCUUAUUUACUUAUAAGACAUCCCUGAGCACAACUUUAGAACGUGGGAGUUGAUCAAAGAAAACAAGAAAUAGAUAAGGGCUGUAGUAGACAACUUCUAUUUACCGAAGUAUCAGGAAUGCAGAAUUACAAUGUGCAGAAUCAUAAUUCUCAUACAAGAGUGAUAGCAGAUUGAAAACAGGAGCCUUUUAUCAUUUCAGGUACAAAUAUUAUUUGUUCACAAUCACAUAGAUAUUAUAUUUUUGGCUCUUAAUAUGAAGCUAAUUUAUUGCGAAUCACAUGAUGAAGACAAAAUGUAUCACCACCACCACCAAGGAAAAAACCUUCAUCCUUCUUCAAGAAUGUUCACUCCACCUGAAAGGCAAUUGUUCCACCAAGGUGCAAAUGGCACCGGAGAUUCAGGACUUGUACUUUCCACUGAUGCCAAGCCAAGACUGAAAUGGACUCUGGACCUUCAUGAGCAGUUCAUAGAGGCAGUUAAUCAACUUGGUGGAGCAGACACUACUCCAAAAUCAGUCUUGAAACUCAUGGGAAUUCAAGGACUAACCUUGUACCACUUGAAGAGUCACCUUCAGAAAUACAGACUCAGUAAAAACCUCCAAGGACAAGCUAAUACUGGGAUUGACAAAGCUGGUAACAAAUCCGCAACAGGAGAAAGGAUGCCUGAAGCAAAUGGAACUCAAACGAGUCAUCUAAGCAUGGCCAACCAAACAAAUAAAAAUUUACCUUUAAGUGAAGCAAUACAAAUGCAAAUUGAAACACAAAGAAGGCUACAUGAGCAGCUUGAGGUACAACGCCAUUUACAGCUCCGGAUUGAGGCUCAAGGUAAAUAUUUACAGUCCGUACUAGAGAAAGCACAGGAAACUCUUGGAAGACAGAACUUGGGAACUAUUGCUCUAGAGGCUGCCAAGGUUGAGUUAUCUGAUUUGGUGUCCAAAGUAUCCACACAAUGCCUGAAUUCUGCAUUUUCUGGGACGCAAGAAUUGUCGGAUUUAUGCCUUGAGCAAACACAAUUGAAGCCAAAUGAUGGUCCAAUCGAUAGAUGCUUAACCUACAAUGAAGGUUCUAUGAGGGACCAAGAACUGUACAUUAAUCAAAUGGGGUUGAAAUCUUUGAAAUUUAGAGCCCCAACCAAGUCGAGGGAGGAUGGCAAUGAAUCCAAGCAUCAGGAUACUGAACUCAUGUGGUGCGAAGACCUGACAGAGAGCAGAAAGUUUCUUUCCGCUAUGGAUGACAAUAUUGGAAAGUCAUUUUCUACAGGAAAAAAAUCCAGCAAUUUAUCAAUGAGCAUUGGACUUCAGGGAGGAAAAUGGAACAGCAGCAGCAACUAUUCAGAGGAAAGAUAUAAAGGAACAACUCCGGAGGUUAUAUUUUUUGACCAGGAUACUCAUAGAAAUGAUUCAGUUGAGCUAGAGAAGCAGAAGACAUCACCAAAGUUUCAACUGCCUUACUUUUCAACCAAACUGGACCUGAACACAGAGGAUGAAAAUGAUACUUCUUCAAGUUGCAAGCAAUUAGAUUUAAAUGGAUUCAGCUGGAGCUAAAAAACUCUGUUUGAGCGACAACUUGUUUUCUGAUUUUCAUGUUAAAGAAAGUUUGACUUCGUAACAGACACCUGGUGCUCCCAUUUUCUUCGUAUAAUCAAAGACAGUUUUAGAGAAA